AUGGUCCUCGGCGCCGCUGGUCUCUUUGGCUACCGCUACUACACUAGCCAGCAGACCGGCACCGGUGGCACUAGCUCGACUACUGCAGGGUCGUACAGCGAGCUGCUUCCGGGUGACGCAGUCGGCGAGGCCGUCGAUGUCGAGCUUGAGGCUGUUGACCCAGUCGAGGACGCCAACCUCUGGAUCGAUGUCGACGAUGAUGACUGGGAAUGA